GCACCGCAGAAACAAACAAGCCCGAAGGAAGAAAGAGAGAAGCGGCGGCCGGGCGGAUGGCGGAGGCGGUCAAGCCCCGCAGCCGGAGCAAGACCGGCCGGGCCACAGCCAAGGAAAAAAAGAAGAAGAACGAAGAGAAAGAGAGUGGGACAACCGAACCGACUUUGUGCAAAAGGAUUGACGAAGAGGCUUUAAAGGAGAACAGCGCACCUGAAGGACUCGUUUCAGAAUCCAGGCCUUGCCCUCAAGCCCCCCCGAAGGAAACCGGGAAGAAGGACCCCAAAGUGCCACCACGUGUGUUCACUCCUGAAAAUGAGGGACCCCCAGCAGCUCCCCAAAUGCAACCCCCCCUGGGUGCCAAAAAAUUGCAGGAGGAGAAAGAGGCGGCAAUGGUGGGCGGGCAGGAUCUCAAGAAAGGAGCAGUUGACGGCAAGAGGACUUGUGGCUCGUUGGAAGAAAACAUCCCGCCCACGGAAAGUGCACCCUAUAGUAGUCCUACAGAGCCUCUAGCUGCCCCUUCCUCCGAAAAGGCCCACCCCCCCAUCUCCGUUCCCCAAACGGGAGUGAAAACAUGCGUGGAGACCCCCGCCUUUAAAACGCUGUACCCCGAUCUCUCGGUGUUGUUAUCCGCAGGACUGACGGAUUUUGCCUUCCGGCUGCCGCCUCGCGGGGAGCGGUUGUAUCCCGAGCUUCCAGUCGAUCCCGAGCCGAUCCCUUUUACCAAAGAGCAGCUGAAGGUUUUCGAGCCCUGUUCCUGGCUGGAGAACGUCGAGGCUUACGUGGAGGAAUUUGGCAGCAGGGCCUACCAGGACCGACACGAGUUUUAUGAGCUGGUGUUGAAUUACUGCCGGUGCCGGAAACAGCUGUUGCUCGCCGAAGCCAAACUGCAAAGCCUCUACUUGGAUGGCGAAAGUGUCCAAGAGCGCCUGUGGACUUUCAGGGAUAAGCAGCAGAGUGCCCAGGGUGUCUGUGCCGAUCAGUGUAAAGUGUCCGGCUUUCACCGAUACCAGACGGUUGAGGUGAACGAAGGCGCGUUGGGAGAACUGAAGAAGCUCUUCGAUGCCCAGACCGAACACCUGCACCAGAUCCUCGCCCUCCACUUGUACACCUCAGUGUUGUCCCGCUUGCAAGUGGAGUCUUACCUCUACGACCUGCUGAGGGGCUCCCCCUUACUAAGGUCGGUGGGCCUUCAGCAGCAGGAGUCAGCAGCUUUGAAGGCCGUGGAAUCCCCUCCCUCAGACUUGGAGUCCCUGAAAGACUGCAUCAGCGUCCUCUUCAGCUUCACCCGCCGACUCACUGAAGAUCCACAGUUCCAGAGCGAUGUUCUCUUGUGGCUUCAGAGGCUGGUCUCCAUCUUGCAAAGGGUUGCUUCUCCAGGAGACCACCUUUUCCUCUUAAACCAUAUCCUCCGGUGUCCGGCUGGGGUCAGCAAGUGGGCUGCUCCAUUUGUUCAGAUCCAGAUACUGGGUAACCCAUCUGGUGUCUUCCACUUCAUGCAGGCCCUCGCUUUGCUCAUGUCUCCUGCCAAAAAUCGAGCGGAAUUUAUGUGCCACAUGAAGCCGAGCGAACGAAGGCCUUCGUCACCGGGGGCCGAAUCUGGAAACUGGACUUUAGUAGAUGAAGGCGGAGAAGAGGAUGAAGAUCCUGAAACGAGCUGGGUUCUCCUUCUGGAAGAUGACCUGGUCGCUCUUUUGUCUCAGUUCCCCUUCCACGAACUCUUCCAGCACAUGCUGGGCUUUGAUGCUGAAGGCAGCUACGUCUCCGAGAAAACAACUUCCCAAGAGAUGAUGAAGGUACUUACCUUCGCCAAUUCUGUCGUGAAUCUUCUUGCUGUGGGGCUGGAAACCUUCAACCGAGCCCGUUACAGGCAGUUUGUGAAACGGAUCGGCCAUCUCAUCAGGAUGACCUUGUGCUUCGUGAGUGAUCAUUGGGCCCAGUUUGUCAGCCAGGCCAAGGAGGCUGGCCCCGUGAUGCAGCCGUAUUCCUUGAAGAAGCUGCAAGUGGAAUUCGACGAGUUUUUCCUGAGGGCUGUGCUCCAUGUCCUGAAAGCGAAAAGACUAGGAGUCUGGCUCUUCAUGUCCGAGAUGCCUUACGGGACAGUGUCCAGCAACAUGCUUUGGAAGCUGUUCUCUAUCAUGCACUGCGACGAAAGCCAAGAUCUGGAGAAGUUCAGUUCCACCAUGCAGCUGGCUGAGAGCAAGCAGAAGCUCAAAGGUUUCCUUCUUCCUUUAUCCUUCUUGGGUGGAAACGUUACUCUUUAUUUGUUCAAAGAACUGCCGAUGCGUCUCUGGAAACCGUCUGCUUCCGAAGUUGCCCUGAUCCGUGACUGGCUCCUGAAUUACAACCUGACAGAAGUCGAAAACAAACUCGCUUGCAUUAUCCUGGAAGAGAUGAACUGGGGCCCUGGCGACCAGCACGGUCACCUUCACAUCGGCCCAGCAGUCCACGCGGAGGUGGCGUUGAUGGUCUUGGAAGCUUAUCAGAAGUAUCUCCCCCAGAAGCCAUACAGCGGACUCCUCUCUGAGAGCUUCAAACAGGUCUCCUAUCUGGCCAGCAUUGUCCGUUAUGGGGAAACUGCAGAAAGCUCCUUCAAUCAGUGGGCCUGGGGGAUGGUUUUGAGGUUAAAGCUGCACAUGAACGAUUACGGCGUGCAGGGACACUGGGCUCCAGCACUGAUACCUGACUUGGCGGAUUCGCCCACCUUUCACCCGCUGCUGAAGGCGGUCAGAUCUAGCCUCCCAAUUGGCUGCUACCUUGCCUUGGCUAUGUCCGCUGUUGGCCACAGCAUUGAGAAGUUCUGUGCUGAAGGGAUCCCUUAUUUGGGCAUUUUGGUACAAUCGCGACAUUUGAGAACCGUCGUCCACGUCCUGGAUAAGGUGUUGCUUCUCUUCUACCCGUGCCAUUAUUACCUUCUCAAGAACGAAAAGUUUCUCUCCUUCUUCCACCAGUUCCUUCAGCUGGACAGCGGGGUUCCCCAAGGGAUGACUCAGCAAAUGACCCACAGGGUGACUCAGCAUUUGACCGGCACGAGUUACGGCAAAAACAUUACGCUGUUGAACUCCAUGAUUCAGAGCCACAUUUUUAUGAGCAGCCACCCCGGUGGAAUCGGCCCGGCUGCCGUGUUGGAAUUCUGGGUCCAGGUCUUGACCAGCCAACAGCUUUGGCACAAGGAGAGAGCCGUCCUCGAACUGAUGGACGGUUUGUGCCAAGCCGCCUUUCAGUUCAACCAAGAGGAUUGUGUGCAGAAGUUGCUCUAUCAACAACACAAGAAUGCUCUGGGCUAUCACAGCGACAAAGGGCUGCUGUCUUCCUUGGUCAGCUGGAUUGUGGCAGGCAACAUCACACCGUCCUUCAUAGAGGGAAAUGCUAAUUCCACGCAGGUUUGGUUUGCAUGGAGUGUUCUGAAUAUGGAGUCCAUAUUUGAAGAGGAUUCCCAGCUCCGUAGAGUUGUAGUGAGGGAGUUGGUUACCAAUUCCGAUUCACCAGAGCAGACUCUGAAGAAAGCUCAGGCCCAGCUCAAGCUGCCAAUCGUGCCUUCUCUACAGCGCCUGCUGAUCUACCGAUGGGCUCACCAAGCCCUAAGCACCCCAGUGGAUCACCCUCUCCUUCCUCUUAUUUGCCAGAAAUUCUUCCUUCUCUAUUUGCAGCGCCCGGGAUUGCAGGAUGGGCUACCCAACGAUGGCUGCAUUGGGAAGAGAUUUUUCCAGAGUCCUGUUCACCUCAGCCUGUUGAAUGACCUGAAGCAGCAUCUGAUUGAGGCCAGCGACUUCCACCAUUCGGCUAGCAAAAUGCUCCAGUUGGAGAGCCCAGCGGGUGGGAGCGAAAAGCCAACAGCAAAAGGGUUCAGCAAGGCCAAUUAUGUGACUUUCCUAGAGCUUCACAAGGACCUUGUCAGGCUCUUUACCACAUUUGUUCUGUGGCUGGAAGAAGAAAGGUUUCAGAAAGGGGACAUGUACAUUCCCUCUUUGCCCAAGCAAUAUGACGGACAUCGGCUUGCCAAGAUCAUGCAGAACCAGCAGGUAAAAAAAUGAACUUAUCAGUUGGGUUUAGGCUGCGUAAGGAUGAUUUUUGAGAUCAUUACUGGUAGUCCUCGACAACGACCGCAACUGAACCCAAAAUUGCUGUUGCUAAGCGAAACAUAGGUUGAGU